GGGACGGUGAAAACUGACGUUAUUGUGCUGCGACGCCGAUUCAAUGUCGUUGGGGAAGCCAGGCUAUCCUGAGAAGCUGAGUGGGAGUGGCGCGGAGCUGCAGGGAAUCCUAAACCCGUGAACUGCGGCAAUCCGGUUCCGCAAGCUACUGUUUUAAAAAUGACCACACCAAACAAGACACCUCCUGGUGCUGACCCUAAGCAGUUGGAAAGGACUGGAACAGUACGGGAAAUUGGAUCACAAGCUGUUUGGUCACUCUCAUCUUGCAAACCAGGAUUCGGAGUGGAUCAGUUACGAGAUGAUAAUCUGGAAACGUACUGGCAGUCAGACGGUUCCCAGCCUCAUUUGGUGAACAUCCAAUUCAGAAGAAAAACAACAGUGAAGACAUUAUGUAUUUAUGCGGACUACAAAUCUGAUGAAAGCUAUACUCCAAGCAAGAUCUCAGUCAGAGUAGGAAAUAAUUUCCACAACCUCCAAGAAAUUCGGCAACUUGAAUUGGUGGAACCAAGUGGCUGGAUUCAUGUUCCCUUAACUGAUAAUCAUAAGAAGCCAACUCGCACAUUCAUGAUACAGAUUGCUGUUCUAGCCAAUCACCAAAAUGGAAGAGACACCCACAUGAGACAAAUUAAAAUAUAUACACCAGUGGAAGAGAGCUCCAUUGGUAAAUUUCCUAGAUGUACAACUAUUGAUUUCAUGAUGUAUCGUUCCAUAAGAUGACUGAAAACAGAACAAAAGUCAUUAAACAUACUUUUUCUCUUGUCAGUAAAUAUUAUAUCUGGUAUCUUUAUUGAAAAAACAUCCGUUAUUUUAUAAUUUUUGUAUGCAUUGAAAGGUGUUUUAUUGUAGCUUUAAUAAAUAAAUUUUGGGUCAUACUAUCUUUAUUUUCUUUAACAUAUAAUAAACCUCACAUAUUUUACACUA